GCAGACAGUAAGUGUUUUGGAUUUUGGGGAUGCACUUUAUGGAUGUAGAAAAAGAAAAAGCUGCUGUUUACUGGAACAUCUCAAUGGAUGUGAAACAGGAGACCUGUGAUGUGGACGCAAAUAUCAUGGAGAAAACUGUAAAUAUUAAGGAGGACUGUCAGUGGGAGUCCAUCUACCUUAAACAGGAAAGUCUGAGCAUCAAGGAGGAGGACAGUGAACUGCAGCCAGUGAGCAUUAAAGAAGAACCAGAAGAGAAGUCUGUCAGUAUUGAGACACAUAACCAUACAAAUCUGGACAUUGUAAAAGAAGUCCACUGUCAUGAUGGGUGUCAAGAUGGAAUGGUGACCAGGUUGGACUCUUCUCAUAGCAGACACUGUUCAUCUCCAGAGCCUUCUAUCAAUGUGAAGUCUGAAUCAUCAGAGUCUGAACCAAUGAGGGCUGAGCAAACUGCAUCUGUUAGAGCUCAGAAAAAUAAGCGACCACCUUCAAAGAAGUCUAGAAAAAGAAUGAAAGAUCAUUGCAGUGUGGAAUGUGGCAGAGAAUUGUCUAACAGGAGUGCUCUUCAGAAACACACGAGAGUUCACACUGGAGAGAAGACAUAUUGCUGUAAUGAAUGUGGUAAACAGUUUUCACAAAAAGGCCAUCUACAGAGACACACGAGAGUUCACACUGGAGAGAAGCCGUAUUGCUGUAAUGAAUGUGGUAAACAGUUUUCACAAAAAUGCCUUCUUCAGAUACACACAAGAGUUCACACUGGAGAAAAGCCAUAUUGCUGUAAUGAAUGUGGUAAACAGUUUUCACAAAUGAGCAGUGUUCAGAUACACACGAGAGCUCACACCGGAGAGAAGCCAUAUUGCUGUAAUGAAUGUGGCAAACAGUUUUCAUAUAAAGGUCAUCUUCAGAUACACAUGAGAGUUCACACUGGAGAGAAGCCGUAUUGCUGUAAUGAAUGUGGUAAACAGUUUUCAGAUACAGGCAGUCUUCACAAACACAGUAGAGUUCACACUGGAGAGAAGCCAUAUUGCUGUAAUGAAUGUGGUAAACAGUUUUCACAAAAAGGCCAACUACAGAAACACACGAGAGUUCACACUGGAGAGAAGCCAUACUGCUGUAAUGAAUGUGGUAAACAGUUUUCACAAAAAGGCCAUCUUCAGAUACACACGAGAGUUCACACCGGAGAGAAGCCAUAUUGCUGUAAUGAAUGUGGUAAACAGUUUUCACAUAAAGGCUAUCUUCAGAUACACACUAGAGUUCACACCGGAGAGAAGCCAUAUUGCUGUAAUGAAUGUGGUAAACAGUUUUCACAGAUAAUCUGUCUACAGAGACACACGAGAGUUCACAACAGAAUAAAAACAGUAGCAGUUCAAAAACCAGUCUAGAAAAACAAGAACCCUUCAGGACUCAAAAGUGAGGUUCAGUCGUGUCUUGAAAAGUAAGCAAACUAAACUAUUGUUAAGAAAUGAAUCUCCAAGAGAAGCCAUAUUGCUGUUUGGAAUGUGGCAAACAAAUCUGUCAGCGCAGUACACUUCAGAGACGCACCAGAAUUCCCACAGGAGAGAAGUACAACUGAACUGUCCUGACUAAAGAGUGAGGUUCACUCCUGCCUGGACAGUAAUCACAUGUAACUGACUCAAAUCCAUCCUACUUAGUGUUGUGUCAAAAACAAAUCAACAUGGAGGAGAAAUAGAAGUUUAUAUCCUUUUUCCUUUU